UUAAGCAAAAAAUCAUGGGAACUGUACUUAUUACCUCUAAAGGUAAAGCAAUUGUAUGGAAUGCUGAAGAUAUUAGUUCAGAAAGAAGUUGCACUUUUAAUAUAAGUUCAUUUACUGAACGAUAUAUUGAAGAUUUGGCUAUAAAAAAUAUUAAUGUAAUUGGGGUUGUUUCUGAUUCUGCAGGAGAAAAUGUUAAAUCACGGCAU